AUGGUCGGUCUUGCUCUUCAUCCUCGCAUGUACAAGUUUAACUCAUCUCGCAUAUACAGCCCUACUGCUGCAGAUGCCGCUGCAACCCCUGCCGAUGCGUGGUCUACUGCCCCCAGCCGCCGCCUCCCCCGCCCUGCCAGCCUCAAGCUCCGAAGUGCUGCCUCUCUAACAACCCCAACUGCGGCAAAGGCUUCAUCUGCAACCCUUGCUACAACGCUGCUGUCCGGCCCCUUGGGUACCGCGGUGUUUGAAUGA